GCUUCUUCUUCAUUCAUUCGCCGAUACUUAAAACCCUCGCCCAUCUCUCCUGAACGCUCGAUCUGCGACUGGAACCGAUACGCCAACCGCAUAUCUGAGCCGAUGUCUGACACCGCCGGAAAGACGAUCAAGUGCAAGGCCGCUGUGUGCUGGGGCGCCGGCGAGCCUCUGAAGCUCGAGGAGGUGGAGGUUGCGCCCCCGAAGGCGCACGAGGUCCGCAUUAAGAUCUUGUACACGGGCAUUUGCCACACGGACGAGUACACCCGCAGUGGCAAGGACCCGGAGGGCCUGUUCCCUUGCAUCUUGGGCCACGAGGGAGGCGGGAUCGUCGAGUCUGUCGGAGAAGGCGUUACCAGCGUCUCCGUUGGCGACCAUGUUAUUCCGCUCUACACUGCCGAAUGUCGCGAGUGCAAAUUCUGCAAGAGCGGCAAGACCAACCUAUGCAGCUCCGUCCGAGCUACUCAGGGCAAAGGUGUUAUGCCUGAUGGCACCAGCCGAUUCAAGGCGAACGGCCAGGACAUUUACCACUUUAUGGGCACAUCGACGUUCUCGCAGUACACCGUGGUUGCCGACGUAUCGGUGGUCGCUAUCAACCCCAAGGCGCCGCUCGAUAAAGCGUGCCUUCUCGGCUGCGGCAUCACCACCGCAUGGGGCGCCGUCGUGAAGCAGCCAGGCGUCGCGGGAUCGAACGUCGCCGUCUUCGGCUGCGGCUGCAUCGGCCUCGGCGUCGUCAACGCCGCCGCGCUCGUCAAGGCCGCGCGGAUCAUCGCCAUCGACACCAACCCGAACAAGGAGGCCUGGGCGAAAAAGUUCGGCGCGACCGAGUUCAUCAACCCGACGCAGCUCCCGGCCGGCAAGUCCAUCGUCGAGCACCUGAUCGAGAUCACCGACGGCGGGCUCGAUUACACGUUCGAUUGCACAGGAAACGUACACGUUAUGAGGCAGGCGUUGGAGGCGUGCCAUAAGGGGUGGGGUGUGAGCACGAUCAUCGGCGUCGCUCCUGCUGGCGCCGAGAUCUCCACUCGACCAUUCCAGCUCGUCACCGGGCGCACCUGGCGAGGCAGCGCGUUCGGCGGCGUCAAGGGUCGCACGGAGCUGCCCCAACUGGUCGACGACUACAUGAAGGGCAAGAUGAAGGUCGACGAGUACGUCACCCACACGCGCACGCUCGCGGAGAUCACCGAAGGCUUCCACGACAUGCAUUCUGGCGACUGCAUCCGUUGCGUGGUGGACAUGUCGAAGGUUUAAGCGUAUACUGUAAGACAGACGACGAUGUAUUCCGACUCAACCCGCAAUGUAUAAAAUGUAUGCAAGCCGAUUUGACUAAUGACGGCCUCUACAUUCA